AUGAGAAAACCAGUUUGCUUGAACGGAUCUCUUCACUCGCUACGAAACGACGGAAGCAUCGUCGCUUUCAACCCGGGAACAGAGCAAGCAAGACUAAUCCCGACCAGAUUCCCCAAGGAACUGAGUUCGAAAACCUUGUUCGCUGCUGACAACAAGAGCCUAACUUUGAUAUCGGCCACAGAGGAAGUGAUUUACGUUUAUUCCCUCGAGAAUUUUCUCACUGAUCCCAAGUGGGUUCUCGGGAGUCGGAUCCGGAACGGAGUGCUGGACGAAAAGAGGCUGAUUCAUUGGAACGUGGAAGCUUACGACGGCAUGUGUUUAGUGUUGAUGGAGGAGACUAAGAAUGACUACGACAACUCUAGCGCACGAAUGCUUCAUGGGUACGACUUGAGAACUAACAGCUGGGGGCUCAUGGGUUCGAUUAUAGUGUGGUGCAAUGCAAUUCUAGACUUUUUUCAGUUUGCACGGUCGUCAUCUUAUGUGAUAGGACUUCAGGGGAAAGAGGAGAUGAUACGGGCUUGUGAUCGAAGCAUCUCCUCUGUAAGAUUAAUUAUGAGACUGGUGAGUGAUGGAAUUUUAUCAGAAAAAAGGGGAAAACAAUUUUGGGAAACAUCGAUAGGUCGAAGAAGAUAG